AUGACCAAUUCAACCUCCGUCGAGGGGCUCACCCCUAUCGAUGCCUUGAUGCCGCGGAACUACAUCCGGGCUGUCCUAAUCUUUGAAGAUGCAACAACCCAACACGCACAAACCACCCUACUCCUGCAAUCUGGUCUCGAUGUCAUCUCAAAGCAGAUCCCAUGGCUCUCCAGUCGAGUCUUCCCAAGAGCUUCAGCAGCCGGAGAACCGUAUUCUCUCGAGAUCCGAUGGGACGGACACACUACGCCAACGCUCCUCGACAAGGGUACGAUGGACAUCUCGUACGACACCGUUUCCGCAAACGGGAUGCAACCCGAGUUGAUUCCAGAGACCGUAUGGCCGGUGUCUGGUAUGAUCGACGAAUCCCUACACACAGCAGGAGCACCUGUUUUCGCGGCAAGUACGUUCCGCUUCGCGGAUCGAGGAUGCGGCUUGUGCGUUUGCAUGCAUCACAACGCUGUCGAUGGGGCAGCGUUUUCGGAGAUUAUACGGCACUGGGCAAGGGCUAUCGCAGAGCCUGGCCUGGUCAUUCCCAGCUCAUUUAAGGGGAGGUGCGAACGCCUGACGGCGGCGCUUGCGGAUGACCUCGCUGAGACGUCGUCCAUUUCGACAGACGGGCUGUUCGAGAAACAUCCCGAGUACUCGAGGCUCCCCCCCGCGGUCCCCGAGGCCUUUCCUUCGUCGACAUGCAAGCUCUUUACAGUCUCGCUGCACUGGAUCGAUACCUUGAAGUCCUUGCUGGCCAAACAUACAUCGACACCACCGUUCACAAACACGAUCCUAAGCGCACUCCUCUGGACCACAAUCACGCGUGUCCGAACAACAUCUGGCAGCUCCUCGCGUGCAAUCCAAAGCAGCCGCCUGGUAACAGCAGUGAAUGCGCGCCAGCGGUUACCACUAGCAUUCUCCCCACCAGACGCCCAAUAUCUAGGCAACGCAAUUCUGUACACUGUCGCCGAAUUCUCCGCAGCCGCACUCGCAGCAGCAAACGAGAGCCCCAUCCAUUCCCUUGCAGAAAUCUGCACCGCAAUCCUCAACUCCCAACCCCCAUCUACAAUCAACGCGCGCCACGUCGCCGAGGUCCACGAGCUGAGCACGCGCACGGGAGACCCCCGCGGUCUCUUUGUCGGCUGGGACUUGUUCAACUCGAGGGAUCUGACCAUCACCUCGUGGGCCGAUUUCGGGCUGUACGGGGUGGAUUUUGGACUGGGGUUGGGGAGGCUCGGUUUCGUGCGCUUGCCGUAUAUGGAGGCCGAUGGGGUUGUGAUUGUUCUGCCGAGGCGGAGGGGGGAAGGAGAGAAAGGGGUGGAGGUUCUUGUUAUGCUGCAGAGGGAUCAUAUGGAUGGCCUUGUAGAAGAUGAGAUGUGGCAGACUCUGACGAAAAGCUAG